CUGCUUUUUGUUACAACAAUUGAUGGCAUAGUUUUGUAUAACUGGUUGGAAGUAGAUAAUCAUACUGCUGAGAAUGUAAUGUCAUUUGAUGUACAUGUACGUGGUUGUCAUUCUUUCUAUAUAGAGUACGGAAUCAGCAGAGACACGCUAAUACGUCACAAUAUCGAGCGUUUCGUCGUUGAUACCACACGUGCAAUCGAAGAACCUCAUACCAUUUUAUUCUACGAACCCUUCUUGGCACGAUUUUUACGGGUAUAUCCCUAUGAACAUGACUACGCAAAACCAGUCUGUGUAAAACUAGAACUCCUGGGCUGUAGGACAGAAGGAUCACUGUCACUGCGGUGCUACAGUCGUCAACAUCGUGAAGUAUUAGAAACUACUGAAUUAUUCAUACCUUUGUCGGAGAAAAAUGCAACAGGAUUUAAUAUGCCGUACAAGGAGUGUCAUGACUGGUGUUUCUACAUCAUGACUUCUUGUAUUGGCCUUGAACUGUCAAAUGGGACUUGUAGGAUAUUUCUUGCGGAUGAAAGACAAAGUUACAGAAGUUUCCGAACCGAUUUCACAGCCGCAACGGUUCCAUGCUGGCAAGAUCUAUCCAUGUCAACAUCGACAUAUUUCGAUAUAUUUGAGGACCAAUUGUAUAACGUGAACACGUUUCAAGUUAUAGUGUACGACUUCGAAGUGUUGACAAGUGUUGGUUACCCAUUUAGCUACAAAGAUGAUCAAGUUUACAGGUGGAAUAUAAUUUCAGCGACAGACUGGUUUACGUUACAAUUUACAGACAUUUCUCUGAAGAUUAAUAAUCAGUUAGAUGAUUCGCACAUAGUUCAGAAUGAUGAGUUAUGUAGUGACAUUAUCAUAGUGUCAACGGAACUGAUCCCCAGAGAUCAUAGACAUACCAAAACAGAGGAGUUUCAGAUAUUCUAUAUUUUUGACAAUAAAUACAAUGGACACUACCCAAGCGUGCCUGUUCCAUUUCCAAAUAUUUUCCUGGAAUUCCGCGCAUGUACACGGAAAGAAAAUGAUGAUGAGUCAUAUAGAGGAUUCUCUGUUUACAUGUUUCAUGACAAAGAUGCGCUAGCACCAUGCCCGGAGAAAAUGCUUUGUGGGUUGCCGUCUAUGGAACUUUCAUCAGGAAGUUUUCUGGGACAUUUACAAGAAAUUGAUAUGGUUUAUACAUGGAGUAUUCUGCAAUUUGUUGAACGUAGCUUCAUUCUGUUAGAUUUUGAUGUUAGCUGCACUUCCGGUGCACAGUUUAUUUGGCAGGAAGAUACGCGCAUAGCAAAAUCAUACUGCAAUGGAAACAGAACCUUCGGAGAGUUUCAAACUUACACCUUAUUACCUAGUUUGCAUUUUUAUACUGCGGUAUCGUUCUGUGGUCAGUUGCUUUUUCGAGAGGGAUUUCGUUUAUCUUACACUAUUCCUGAAAAAAGAGAUAAAAUACUCAACCUUACAACGUCCCAAUCAGAUAUGGUAGACCACCGACCGCUCUGGCUGAUAAAAAUAGUUUUUCCGGAAUUUAGAGUAGAUGUUACGGCUAAUAUGCUGAACGAAGGAAAAUUCCGGGAAGUAUGCGCACCAACCUUUGAAAAAUGUUACACAAUUUACGUCGGAAUACCUCAGAUGUUGUGGGAUGAUCUAUUUCGAUUUUGCGCAGACAGAAACGCUACAUUAGUAACUUUUAAAACAAAAUUAGAAAUGGAAUAUGUGCGACAAGCUGUUCUAAAGUGGCUGGUGGAUAUAGACAUUAUUGGUAUACGAAGAGACUACUACAGUCUUCCUCUCGUUAUAGGUUUGACCCGUUAUGUGAUUGAUAACGAGAGACACAGAGACUACUGGGUAGAUGGAAGACUUUUGGAAUUCACAGCAUGGUAUUGUCAUGAAACACUGACAUUUCAUACAUUCAUGUCAUAUUUAUAGACAUUAAAAUAUAUUAAUUU